AUGCUCGUAGGUGCCAUCAGAACCAAGGGCUCAAGCUGCUUUCCGCACUGCAGCCCCGAGUGCUGCCCACACAGCGGUAGCCGCGGCUGCGGUGCAUCCGUGAGCGUCCGGGUGACCACGACCGACGGCGUCAUCGCGGUUGCCCGCUUCGAGAGCCUCUCGAGCGACCGCGCAGCAGCCGAGCUAGAGAUUGACCCGCGCAAGGUGCGCAGCUCGGCCAAUCCCACGGGCGUCUGGCUCAUGGGCGUCCGUGGCCGACACAACGGCGUCGACUGCUUCCACUUCAACGACCAGGGACGCGACGGGUGGCACUACGAGUGGCAGAGCAGCUCCAGCAGCAAGAAGCGCAGCGAGCGUCACGUCUUCCACGUGUACCUCUGCCGCCGGCUCGCAGCCCAUCGCGUGCGCAUCCUAGACGAGCUCGCGUCAACGCCGUUCACAAUCAAAUCGUACCGCCGCCGGGCAAAGCCGCAAUCGACGUCUUGCUCUGCGCCGUCGACGCCACCGGUGCAACGUGCCAAGCCGUGGACCGUCAAAUACGCCGAGCUGUCCCGCUCGUCCACGCAAGAGACGGCCGGCCGACUCCUCCAGCUCUUUGCGUUGUGCGCGCAGGUGCCCGUCUCGGCAGUGCCCGGCGUGCGACAGCCGCCCACAGCCUUCCUCUUGCGCCAGCUCGCGCCGUUUGACGACUCGACGUCGCGGCUCGAGACGGUCGCGCUCGCCGUCAUCUCGUGGUUCGUCACGUCGUCGUCUUCGCUCCACGCGUUUUGCCGUCGACACGCCAGCAGCGUCUACGACAACACGGCGCUCCACGAAGCGUACAACCGCGCCGUCGACUCGCUCGCCACCAGCCUCGACGCGGUCUUGGCGACGCUCGGCGAGAGCGUGGGCAGUCUCUCGGAGCAGCUGCCGCCGCCGACCGUGUCGCGCCCGUCGCACGCGAUCGGGUUUGAGGCCUUUGCCCACAUCCUGCGGACGUCGCACUCG